UGACAAUGCUUUCAUUCCUGAUGAAUAUUCUAACUAAUUACUUAUGUUGACCCUUGGCUAAGUUUAGUUUAAUUGAAGUAGUCACAAGGAAAAGGUGGUUUCAUAUAAAUAUUAUUUAUUAGUUCAAUUUUAAUUAGUAUUAGUGAGAUUUGAAGACUCCCCAUGGCGGCGAUUUUGCUAAAAGCAUGGGAAGGGUAUACAUUUUUGUUUGAAGAAUUACCUGAUCCACGCACAAAACCAUGGCUCCUCGUUGCCAAACCCUACCAAGGGCUCAUAAUUCUUGGACUCUACCUCAUGUUUGUCCUGAAUUGGGGCCCCAAAUGGAUGAAAGACCGCCCACCUUUCAACCUUGAUAAAAUAUUAAUAGUAUACAACGGAAUCCAAGUUAUUUGCUGCCUGUACCUAUUCCUUGGUUCAAUAAAUUACUGGCUUUGGGAGUAUCGAUAUCUGUGUGAGCCGGUCGACUUCUCGAAUAGUGCAAAAGCUGUUAGAGCCGCCAAAUUGGUCUACUUGUAUUUCUUGCUCAAGGUUAUUGACCUUUUAGACACGGUAUUUUUUGUUCUGCGCAAGAAAUUUAACCAAGUAUCCUUCCUACACGUGUACCAUCAUACUGGGAUGGUGAUGCUUAUAUGGGGAGCUGUAUCCUAUUACCCAGGCGGCCAUGGAACACUCGUUGGUGUCAUCAACUCGUUCGUGCAUGUUGUGAUGUAUUCCUACUACUUACUGACUGUGGCCUACCCGUCUGUUAAGAAAUCUUUAUGGUGGAAGAAGUACAUCACACAACUCCAAAUUGUCCAAUUCUUCUGGUGUGUGGUCCACAUGGGCCUCAUAGUCUUUAAGCCGGACUGCGCCUACCCUCGUUGGACAGCAGCCGUCUUCCUGCCCCAGAACCUCUUCAUGCUAAUCCUCUUCAUAGACUUCUACAUCAAGACCUAUAUAAAGAAACCCAAAGUCUCGAAUGGUGUCAGUCUAUCCAGUUCAAUUCAAUUGAAUGGUGCUAACGGUGUCAGUAAAGAACAUACUAAUUAGUUAUAAGAAAUAAGUACAUGUUAAAUUUUUUUUAAUGGAUUGUGUCGAGAAAAGAUGGACUUUGAAAUGUAAAUAUAAAUUAAUGGCGGCGCAUGAAAAAAAGAAAAAAACUGAAACAGAAGAUUAAAAUCAAGGGAUAAAUCAGUUACCUGUUUAAUAUGAUGUGUACUCAAAUUAGUGACGUAACGCUAUGAGUACGAAAUCUAAUUUGUUAUCUUUUCCCUGAGGGCUGUGUGAGUUUACAUCAAACGUC